GAGGUCUGACAGGAUUCUUAAUGUACAGCGCAUGGGUUAUGCUUAAUACGUAGACGUGAACGUUUUACCACCACACACUCAAAUGAAUGGGAAUUUAUAAUAACACAGUGUUUUCGGGCUUUAUUACCUGCAGCUUAAUUCUGAAUCCCGGGUGUCUGACGUGAGAUUAUGAGCCAUUACUGAGGUGACUCGUGUGUUGUACAUGAGCGCACUUCUCGUGCAGUUUCACUGAAAGCGUGUGAGUGUAUAGAGCAAACAGCUGAUCCUUUGCUCGUUCCUCUCUGGCUCUGAAGCGUCAGUGUCGGCCUCUGGACUUGCUUUAGCUGUUGGCAAUUGAACCUAAAAGGAUGUCAGAUUGGGAGACUGUUCCUGUUGGGUCUGAGACCCCUGAAAUUAAGCUGUUUGGCAAAUGGAGCACAGACGAUGUACAAAUAAAUGACAUUUCUCUACAGGAUUACAUUGCAGUGAAGGAAAAGUAUGCGAAGUUCCUGCCACACAGCGGAGGACGUUAUGCUGCUAAACGCUUCCGUAAAGCUCAGUGCCCCAUAGUGGAACGUCUCACAAACUCCCUUAUGAUGCAUGGCAGGAACAAUGGCAAAAAACUCAUGACAGUCAGAAUCGUAAAGCAUGCCUUUGAAAUCAUCCACCUGCUAACUGGAGAGAAUCCUUUACAAGUCUUGGUAAAUGCCAUCAUCAACAGUGGUCCCAGGGAAGACUCUACACGUAUUGGUAGAGCUGGAACUGUAAGGAGACAAGCUGUUGACGUUUCACCUCUCCGGAGAGUAAACCAGGCUAUAUGGCUGCUUUGCACUGGGGCUCGUGAAGCUGCUUUUAGGAACAUAAAGACAAUUGCAGAGUGCGUUGCUGACGAACUUAUUAAUGCAGCCAAGGGUUCCUCUAACUCGUAUGCCAUCAAGAAAAAGGAUGAACUGGAGAGAGUAGCCAAAUCCAACCGUUAAAGCAUCAGCUGUUUAAUGAGUAUCAGUUCUCCUAAUAAAGAAAUCUGUUCUGUA